GGGAGUGGGGCCGAGUACCAAAACACCCUUGUAGCCAAUCAGCAGUAAGGUGCGUGCCAACUAACCGAAAUUUUUGCCUGGGUUGCGAAUGUGUGGGGCGGGUCUAUCAAAAGAAGGCCCAGAUUCUAUUGAGGUAGGGGUGUGUUUGUUUAGGUGAUUUUAAUUGUCAACAUUGGCUUUCGGAGAUCAUGCACCCCGCCUUUAACAAUUCAUCUACGCCAACACCUUACAAUUUUUUAAAAAUAAUGCUAAAAAUAUCAUAACCAAGCACCCAUCUCAUUUCAUACGGAUCAGUCUGAGUCAAUUCAUGCUUACUCCUGUGUUAAAGAGCUGGCUCAUGUUCUGAGGAAAAAAUCUGGCCAUAUCUAGACAUUCUGUACUGACACGAUAAGGUCACGUAGUGCACAGAUCAUAUUGUUCUGUCUAGAGUGUUCAAUCGGACCUGAACUAGUCAACAUGUACAUACGCAAGCACGCACUCAGACACGGAUACAAACGCGGUCCACUUUUGACGGAAACAGAAUAUUUUAUCAACCCCCCACAUACCUCCUUUUCUUUUACAAACUCACUCGCAUGCAACACACACACUGUUACUGACAAAUAGAUACAAAUUCUUUUUAACAUAACUAGGGAGGGACGGUCGGCCCUUGUGGGAUGAAUGCUGGUGGGCCACUGAUGUAAUUCCCUUCUGCUUCCUUUAGGUGCCUAACACUGAUAGUCCUCCCACAUCCCAACUCUGCUUAUAAAUACAACAGAAGGAUGCCGGUCCCAUUAAGAAAAGAGGAAACGGGUGAUGGCCCAUCUGCAACCUUGAAACGGACAAUAUGCAUCUGCGCAACUUUUCUCGAAUCUGAAUUUACAUUUUGGGAUCGGACAGAGAGCACAAAUCGGAAAUUGUUAGUUGAUCUCUGAGGGGUUUUUAAUGUCAAUAGGGUCAGUGAUCUUAGUGGAUACCUGGGAGAGUGCCGGUCUAUUGAACAGGGAGGUACUGCCAAAGAAAGGGAGAAGGGCUCUUUUGGUCUGGUCGACCAGAUUGUUCUGACACAGGGGAGGCAAGAACCUUGAAGUAUUUGUUUAGUGUAUCUGGACCAGUCAUCAUAGAGAAAGAAAGAGGGGGAAUGAAAAGAUAAACAACAACACACUCAUUGAGAUUUUAAGAUAUUGAGAUUCAGACAUUCAUCAGGAAAAGAGAUUUUAAUCAUGAUGGAUGAGUGCCAAUAUCAUAUAUCGCGACCCAUCUACUCAAACCGUGUCUUCGAUGAGGUCCAUGAGAGAAAAGCCCAAGAGACAAGAAGCUUACAAGAACGACUAAGCGAAACCUGCAGAUGCAACGAUAAAUGGGCCGUUCGGAAAAUCAAGGGGCUUUUGCCGAUUGUGGAUUGGCUUCCUAAAUACCCAGUCAAGCAGUGGUUACCCAGUGAUGUCGUGUCUGGGGUCACCACAGGUCUGGUAUGCGCUUUACAAGGUGUGGCCUAUGCACUUCUGGUGUCUGUAGCACCUGUCUAUGGUCUCUACUCGGCGUUCUUUCCUAUUCUUUCUUAUUUUGUGUUGGGCACCUCGAGACACAUCUCUGUUGGUCCAUUUCCAGUCACCUGUUUGAUGGUGGGCUCUGUAGUUUUGACUUUUGCCCCCGACGAGCACUUUCUGCGGCCGGCGAACGUGACAGGUGCGAACGAGACGUUGACAGACAUGUUGAUGGAGGUGGACAUGGAGGCAAGAGAGGCACAGAGAGUCACGCUGGCUUGCACCAUGACCGUACUGAUUGGAUUAUUUCAAGUGGCCAUGGGUUUCAUGCAAGUGGGCUUUCUAGUACGGUAUCUAUCAGAUCCCCUCGUAGGAGGUUUCACGAGUGCUGCUGCCAUUCAUGUCUUAAUAUCCCAGAUUAAAACCAUCCUAUCUAUUCCUGCACACAAUCAUAGUGGAUUCUUUUCUAUUGUUUAUACUCUCAUCGAUGUGGGUAAGAACAUUAACCAGACAAAUGUUGCAGACCUGGUUGCUGGAUUACUAACAAUCUUCGUAAUUAUGGCCGUGAAAGAGGUCAACACAAAAUAUCAGCACAAGAUCCCAGUGGCAAUCCCUAUCGAAGUGAUUGUGACAGUGCUUGCUUCUGCAAUCUCUCAUGUCAUGGAUCUGAAUUCCCAAUAUGGCGCCAGCAUUGUGCACAGCAUCCCAAGAGGGUUUGCGCCUCCCCAGCCACCGAAUUUAGCGAUAAUUGGGAAUAUUCUGGGUUCAAGCUUUUCCACAGCAGUCGUUGGUUAUGCGGUUGCAGUUUCGGUAGCGAAAGUCUAUGCUGCAAAACAUGACUACACACUUGAUGGCAACCAGGAGCUGAUAGCUUUCGGUGUCAGCAACAUUUUUGGAGGAUGUUUCUCGAGCUUUGUGGCCAGUACCGCACUAUCACGGACCGCGAUACAGGAAAGCACAGGGGGGCGGAGUCAGGUUGCUAGUAUAAUCUCGGCUUUGAUGGUCUUGAUAGUGAUCUUGGCUCUUGGGCCCUAUCUUCAGCCUCUGCAGAAGUCAGUGUUGGCCGGUAUUGUUAUAGCUAACCUGAAGGGAAUGUUCAUGCAGAUGUCUGAUGUGGCUGUACUCUGGAAACAGAAUAGGACAGACUGUCUCAUCUGGAUAGCUACAUGCCUGGCAUCUAUCGUACUGGGUUUAGAUGUGGGCCUGCUGGCAGGCCUGGUAUUUGAGAUGGGCACAGUGGUGGUCCGAACGCAAUUCCCUUCCUGUUCUACCCUGGGAAAUAUGCCAGACACGGAUAUCUACAAAAACAUGAAAGACUACAAAAAUAUUUCAGAAAUUCCUGGGAUAAAGAUUUUCAAAUGCAACUCACCUAUUUACUUUGCAAACAUUGACUACUUCAAAGACAAAUUAAGAGAUGAGGUGGGUUUUGAUGCAGUACGUGUGUUCAAGAAAAGAAACAAAGCACUGAAGAAGAUCCAUAAACUGAUUCAAAAAGGAAAACUAAAGGUUACAGAGGAUGGUUUGGUACCGGUAGCCUCAAUGGGAGUAGAUAACAAAGCCUUUGAAAGCGAACAGGGUCCUGAGCUGGUAGAUGGGACAAUACAGCCAGAUGUAAAGGUCCAAGUAGAUUGGACAUCAGAGCUGCCUGUUAAAGUGUCGGUACCGAGGGUCCACAUCCACAGCCUUGUGGUGGAUUUCUCUGCUGUCUCAUUUAUAGAUGUGGUAGCUGCAAAGUCCCUUAAGCUGCUCAUCAAGGAGUUUAUACGAAUUGGCGUUAGUGUCUACAUCGCAGGCUGUGAUGCUGAGCUUGUCAGGAGAAUGGAAGCCCUGUCCUUCUUUGAUGAAGAGGUCACCAGAGAUCUGCUCUUCAUCACCGUCCAUGACGCCAUUCUCUUCAUCCAGCAGGAAACCUCCAGUGGAAAUGCAGAUGAUCAUUUAGCUGACAAGAUUUCCCAGAUGCAAGAUGACAAAGUACCACCUCCAUUUACUGAAGACGAUGACUUGAUUGAGACCUAUGACAACCAGCACUUGGCUAUUCAUGGACUUUCAAACUGAGGAUGAACUUGAAUCAUGCUCUUUCUUUAGUUUGGACUCACUGGAAAACUUCCUAUUCAUCUUCCGAUGUUGCUAUACCUUUGUCCCGGAGGAAUUUAAACUGUGGAGCAAAGAGACAAGAAAGAAACCAGUUCAGAAUUUUAACACAACCUCAAAAUCCAGCCGUUUUACAGUAAUAAAUAAUCCUUAAUAAAUUAAAAAAAAAAUGUACAGCCUAAUUUUUGAGGCACUACAGGAAAUCAAGGAUAUUUGAUAUCUUCUGGAGGUUUGUUCAGCAGUAGACCCACAAACAGAGAGUUUUGUUUGCUGUAUACUUUAUGAGGAUUAAAAGGAGGACCUCUUCGAUGAAUCCAAUGGUGGAGACAACAUUUCUUAUGAAAAACUGUUCAAUGAAUGAGGAACUGGAGUCUUUGUAUCUGGAAAUAAAUUAU